UCGAGACGUUCAUUAAAUUCACGGAGCUCCCACCGGAGCUCCGCAGUCGCAUCUGGAGCUUCACAACUCUCGCUCCGGCCACAAUCAUGCAGCGUAGAAUCAUCUCCAGGGAUCGCGAGUUUGAUUUCAUUCGAGGAGGAGGUGUGCCAGCUGUCCUUCAAGCCUGCAGAGAGUCUCGACAUGAGUUCCUUGAGCCGGGUGAUGUUACAUCGCUAGAACGUCGCCGAGAAGCUCACCCGCUAUACAAGCUAUACUUUCAGAACGAGGACAAGACGGAUGCUGGUAUCUACUUCUGCGCGGAACUUGACUGUUUCUGGGGUAUGCGCGACAAACUGAUCAUUCACACGCCAGGCACCGUAAGACCACCCCAGUUUGCCGACAUGACCGCUAUGUUGGCCGUCACUGGUCUGGACCAAAUUCUGAAGAAUCUGGCAGUGCCUGACUGGUGGAUUGGAUCCAUCUUGAUUGAUGGAGAACCAAGCCAACGUCUCCCCUUUGGUGGCUUCUCCCGUGUCGACCUCAUGCACCUUAUUGAAGUGCUUCCCUGUCUUGAAACACUUACUUUGGUAGUGACGGAGGAGUUUCUCUGCAGGGAGCCCGAAACGCGGGACGAGCUUGUCAAUUAUGAUCCAGAGAUCAAUGGAGAGCUAGACGAUACACGGAUGUCUCGCCUUCAACGUGCGGUAGUACACAAUGUCAAGGGACUUGCGAUGACUUUGAAGAUUCUGAAGAAACUUGCUCCUCAGAAGAACUGGCCAAAGACCUUGAAAUUCCGGUUUGAUCGUCAGAUGAUGGAGAACGAGGGAUUCCUGUGAAAGAAUAUAACAAAGAGGGCGGAAAUGGCAAGAGCGGCUAUUGAGGAUUUUCAUGACCAUAUUGCAGAGGUCAUCUCUCAUUUCUAGCAGCGCGUGGUCUUUUCAUUAUGGAUGGUUGGCAUUUUCCUAGCACUGAAAUAGCAG